GCGUCAGACGCUGAGCGGAGAGGACGGCGAGCGGCCCGCGGAUCUGAUCCGAUCCUCUUCAACUCUACGCCCUCACUCACCCAGCCAGCAUCGCUAUGGAGGCGGACUCGGUCAUCGAGGACAAAACCAUCGAGCUGAUGUGUUCUGUGCCCAGGUCUUUGUGGCUAGGCUGCUCCAACCUGGUAGAGAGCAUGUGCGCACUGAGAUGCCUGCAGAGCAUGCCCAGUGUCAGAUGUCUCCAGAAUACAUCGGUUAUGGAGGAUCAGAAUGAAGAUGAGUCUCCAAAGAAGAAUACGGUUUGGCAGAUCACAAAUGGGCCCCCUUCCAUGAUAGUCCCCAGAAAGAGGCCUUCAGGAAACUACGAAAAAGAGAAGGAUUUGUGUAUUAAAUACUUUGACCAGUGGUCUGAAUCAGAUCAGGUGGAAUUUGUGGAGCACCUAAUCUCCCGGAUGUGCCAUUACCAGCAUGGACAUAUUAACUCCUAUCUGAAACCGAUGUUGCAGCGGGAUUUCAUCACUGCUUUACCAGCCCAAGGAUUGGACCAUAUAGCAGAAAACAUCCUAUCGUACCUGGAUGCUAAGUCGCUGUGUGCCGCUGAGGUGGUGUGCAAAGAAUGGCAGAGGGUGAUUGGUGAGGGAAUGCUGUGGAAAAAACUCAUCGAAAGAAUGGUACGCACGGACCCACUGUGGAGGGGACUUGCAGAGAGGAGGGGAUGGGAACAAUACCUGUUCAAAAAUCGGCCUGCUGAUGGUCCACCAAAUUCAUUUUACAGAGGAUUAUACCCAAAGAUUAUCCAGGAUAUAGAGACCAUAGAAUCCAAUUGGAGGUGCGGGCGGCAUAACCUUCAGAGAAUCCAGUGUCGGUCAGAAAACAGCAAAGGUGUUUACUGUCUCCAGUAUGACGAUGAAAAAAUAAUCAGUGGUUUGAGAGAUAACUCAAUCAAAAUUUGGGAUAAACAGUCGUUGGAAUGUUUGAAAAUACUAACAGGUCACACAGGCUCUGUGCUUUGUCUGCAGUACGAUGAGCGAGUUAUUGUUACUGGGUCUUCAGACUCUACAGUAAGGGUCUGGGAUGUGAAUACAGCAGAGGUCCUGAACACACUGAUACAUCACAAUGAAGCUGUAUUACACCUUCGGUUCAGUAAUGGAUUGAUGGUUACAUGCUCAAAGGACAGAUCGAUAGCUGUGUGGGACAUGGCCUCUCCGACUGACAUCACUCUGAGACGGGUUCUCGUUGGCCAUCGGGCAGCAGUCAAUGUAGUGGACUUCGAUGACAAGUACAUUGUAUCAGCAUCGGGUGAUCGAACUAUUAAAGUGUGGAGCACAAGCACUUGUGAAUUUGUACGUACCUUGAACGGCCACAAGCGUGGAAUAGCGUGCCUUCAAUAUCGGGACCGAUUGGUUGUCAGCGGGUCCUCGGACAACACCAUCAGGUUGUGGGACAUAGAAUGUGGUGCUUGUCUGCGGGUCUUAGAAGGACACGAAGAGUUGGUUCGAUGUAUUCGCUUCGAUAACAAGAGGAUUGUGAGUGGAGCUUAUGACGGCAAAAUAAAAGUAUGGGACCUGCAAGCUGCGCUUGAUCCUCGUGCCCCAGCUAGUACAUUAUGUCUACGCACCUUGGUGGAACACUCUGGCCGGGUAUUUCGACUGCAGUUUGAUGAAUUUCAGAUUAUCAGUAGUUCCCAUGAUGACACCAUUCUGAUCUGGGAUUUCUUGAAUGUGCCAUCGAAUAACCAGAAUGAAACUCGCUCUCCAUCAAGGACGUACACCUAUAUCUCAAGAUAAUGAAAUAAUUGGUCACUACCUGGAGCAGGGGCUGGAAUGACUACUGGAUAUUAGCUAUGCAGAGCCUGAAGAUGACUAUGCUCAAAAACCAUGUUUAGUGUGGUAGCUUGGUUUCUGUGGAUGUGGACAGAUUGAAACCAGCAAGAUAUCAGUACAGUACUUCAUGCCUUCUUCCCCCCCCCCCAAUUUCCCUUCCUUGAAUUCCCCCACCCCUUCUUUCCUGCAUUUCUUCCCUCAGAGACCUCAGAAUAGACUCUUAUUGCAGAACUUGCGAGAUUGGACAUAUAACGAGUCUAAUCGCCUGCCAUACCAUAUACAUAACGAAGAAAGUGGUUUCUGGUUCCAAAACUCAGUGUUGCGGAAAUGGAUUCUUCCAAAUGGACUCUCUGCCAAACGAUAGAUUGGAAGAACUUGGCCCUUUCAGUGUCGCUUUGCACUUUGCCCUGAGAAAACGGGGAUGAAGUCAUUUGUUGGAACAUUUUGUUUCUUUGUUUGGGUGCCAUAUUGUUUUACAACGACAUGUGGAAUUUUUCAAAGCUUGGUAUGUAUUGGGAAGCAGUAUUCUGUCAAAACUUGUAAAGGUGCCCUGGAAUUUGGCUCAAUUUCUCUCAUUUUCAUUUAGAUUAUUAUUAAUGGAUGCAUGUUCAGCACAAGGAAAACAGUGCAUCGAAUGAAUUCCUAAAGUUGGUGUUUUUUGAAUGGGGUGGGGGGUGUUCUUUUUUAAAAUAUAUAUAAUAUAUAUAUAAUAUAUAUAUGAUAUAUAUAUUAUAUAUAAAACUAACAGUAAAUAGAAGUGGUAGCUGCUUAUAUAUGAAAAUUACAUGCAUUUGAGCUGUGUCGAAUGUAGCUAGUUGUAUAUAAAUGUUGUGUGCUAAUUGUAUAGUAACCAGUUUGAAGCUUCUCAUGGUUUUUAACCCCUUUCCCUUCAGUGUUCCUGAAACUAAAUGAGGGCUAUGUUGCACUAACUGUGAAAAGCAUGUAUUUACGUGUGGACUGCUGUGCCCCGUACCUCUUUAGAAACAGGGCCACUACUGUGUUCAAGAGUGAAACCCAGUUUGAUUUUAAAUACAGAUUAGUGACCUCAUUUCUCUUCUCAUUUCAAAUAUUUUCUUUUUACAGGAAGAUGUGGAAGUCCUAUUUGAAAUUGUAUUUAAAAUUACAUUGGAUUUAUUAAGGAAAGCUGUUUCAUCUCUCUCUACCCCCCCCCCGCCCCCCCCCCCCCCCCCCCCCCGCCCCCCCUUCCAAACUCCCACCUCAAGCCUCUAGUAUAUAAUUAGGUGCAGUUCUUGGACCAAGUAAUUAUUGACUAUCUUUGUUUUUGUACAUAUUCUGGAAUCCUAGUGUUUUAGCCUGAUGUGGUCAUCUGCUACCUAGCUGCCAGACAAGCUUCAGACUAAAUAAAAUGAUUCUCUCCUCCUUCCCACAGCCUUUCAAAGAAAGGUUGCAAUUUCCUAGAGCACACGUUUUGUAAAGGUUGAAAGCUAUGUUUUAAGACAUCUCAAUUAACAUUAUUAUCUUUGCAGAAGCGGUUUCUGCAAGUAUUGCCUCUAUAGUUUGUGUAUGUUGCAAACAUUGUCACGGCCAAAGCUCAGAUUCUGUACUCUUCCCCCUUCUCUCCCCUGAGGAGGGGAUUCAACUGCUUGUGUUUUACACAUUUUGAGAGACAAGGCGUCUGGUCCCACAAAAGUUGGUGUCUUGUUUGUAUUUGGGUGUAUAUUUUGUAAUGCUUUAAUUUAAAGACCUGUUUUGAAGUCCUAUGCCCAGUGUGUGCUGCAAAGGAAUCUUUUUUUCAGUUGGCAGCUGCAGAACCAUGUAGCAGGAAUGCAAGGAACCGAGGAUUAAGGAACUGUUUGACAUUGGCUGUACUCUACGAGUAUGCUUAGUGCUCACAGCUGUGGACCCUGCUGAGGGACAGUCCGGCUGAUGCUCUGAAAGUGCUGGGAUAUGAUGAUUAUGUCAUGUAAUUAUGUUUGAAACCUCCGAACCCUGCCAUCUUACCAGUUGAAAUAAGUAUAUAUGUCGGGACAGUUCAUUACGACUGUUAUAAAUGUACAGAAAAUUGUUUCAGUUCAAGCUUUACCGUGGAAUGUGCUUAAUAAAUUCAGUUUAAAAAAAA